AUGGAACUUUUGCAAUUGCGCGAUGUCAGUCCCGAGGCGUAUCCCAGACGGCUGUUGGGCGGAGAGUGCCUUACUGUAUCACUCCUCUUUGGCUUCAGUCUCAUCCAAUACUGGACCAACGCAACAGUUUUCUCGCCUUUCCCAGAAGCUUUGGGUCAGUCUAUGAGCGAAGCGGGUGGAGGCCAAGCUCGCCUCGUCAUAGUGUGGAAGAGGGCCGACAUGGGCGAAGUCAGGUUUGACGCGGAACACCUUGCACAUUUCGUAUACAGCAUGUAUCUGCGGAUGUUUGAACAUGACAAUCUGACGGCUCUGUCAUUCCAGACCGCCGACAGGCUAUCGCUACUAUGGUUUCCAUAG